AUGACGAUUCCGUGUAGUAUUGCAGUGUUGAGGAGGAGUCCUGUGCGAGUGGGUGGGCAAGUGGAUCAGUCGCAUGCCUAUUUCCAUCGGCUUUUUUGGACAUUCCCACCGUGUAUUGAGGCCUUCCGACAUUGCAAGUCGUUGGUCAGUAUUGUCGGCACCCACCUGUACGGCAAAUACGGUGGUACGUUGCUCGUUGCGAUUGCUCAGGACGGAAACUCCAACAACCUUUCUGUUGCAUUUGCACUUGUGGAGGGUGAGAAUGCUAAGUCGUGGUCAUUUUUUCUAUCCCACCUCUGCCAGCACAUCACUCUGCAACCAGGUAUUCCUGUGAUAUCGGAUCAACACAACAGCAUCAAGGCCGCACUGGAGGCUUCCGACGGAGGUUGGCUACCACCCGCUGCCUACCAUACAUUCUGUAUUCGACAUGUGGCCGCAAAAUUUGCCCUAACUUUUAAGGGCAAGGAUGCACGUAAGCUUCUUGUGAACGCGGCUUAUGCCAAGACUAAGGUUGAAUUUGACUAUUGGUUUGAUAUUCUCCGAUCCGAGGACCCUGCCAUGUGUGAUUGGGCUAACAGGAUUGUGUAUGCGAUAUGGACUCAGCAUUGGGAUGAGGGGAGGAGAUUCGGACAUAUGACGACAAAUAUCUCUGAGUGUGUGAAUUCGAUACUGAAGAGAGUGAGAAACCUUCUAAUUUAUUCACUGGUGAAGUCCAUGUACGGGAGGUUGACCUAG